GUCCUUCUCGUUGAUCUUCACCUUCUCAAUAUCGGUCAACUUGCCAGCCAGGUUUUGAAAGCUGCGAUGUUCAAUUAUCGCAAAUCUCGAUAUAUGUCCCGACGGUUCGGAUAUGGUUGGAUAUGGGUUAGAAUAACCGAGCAGUAAUAAGGUUUAUUUAUCAUGGCGAUGAGUUACACAGUUUGACAGAUCUGUCAUGCCCUCUUGAUACCUCUCUCUUCCUUUCUUCAUAACCCACCGGGGGACGUUACUUUCUUUUCUUUGUACCUCCAACGACGAUAUGGGACGCCAGGCCGACGAAGACCCGCUCUCGCUCGCCAUUCAACCCCCUCCAAACGAGACGCCUGAGCAGCGAGACAGCCGUCUCCAGGCAGAAGCCCUCGCACGCAGGAUAAGCAAUGACAUUGACGAAGAAUUGAAGGCAGAGAAGGCGGCGUUGAAGAAGAAACCUCCUGUCAAGGUCCUUCUGUUGGGCCAGAGCGAGAGCGGGAAGUCGACAACGUUGAAGAACUUCCAGAUGAACUAUGCCAAGAAUACAUGGGCUGAAGAGCUCGCUUCCUGGAGGACUGUCGUCCAACUAAACCUGUUGCGCAAUGUCCAUACCAUCUUAGACCUCGUGUCUUCCGAAAUGGACGGAACGCCCGACUCAUCCGCAGACAGCGAAGAUGAGACGCCUACACCCAGCAUCGAUGACCGCCAGCCUCCCCUUCGGUUCACCGAGAAACACGGAGUUCUGAAGCUCAGACUCCUCCCGUUGCGUAGCGUUCAGAAAGACCUCGAGGAUCGAUUAGGUGCUUCCUCCGUUGAGGAGAACAGUGGGUAUCUGGCAGGAAAUGGUAUGAAUACUCCGAAGAGCAAACCAAAGUCUCAGGAAGUCUUCGUGCGCUCGAGUGGGUGGAAGACUACUCUAAGAGCGGCUAAUGGGAGACGAAGCAGCGAUGCGAGGCACGAGGCUGGAUCAGUGAGAAGGACGACUGAGGUUGAUGCUCGGCGUGCGACGGAGGUCAUUGCAAGUUGCGGAGAUGAUAUCAAGACACUGUGGGAGGAUGAAACUGUGCAGGAAAUGCUCAAGAGGAGACGGGUCAGACUGGAUGAUACGCCUGGAUUCUUCCUUGCUGACAUCGACCGUAUUGCACGUCGCGAUUAUGUUCCUUCAGACAACGAUGUUAUGCGUGCGAGGUUACGUACUCUUGGUGUACAAGAGCACAAGAUUCAUUUCCAGGAAGGUCCUGCCGCUGGAAUGGACUGGAUUAUUUAUGACGUAGGCGGUUCCAGGACACAGCGCCCAGCAUGGUUUCCGUACUUUGACGAUUGCGAUGCGAUCAUCUUCCUCGCGCCGGUCAAUUGCUUUGAUGAGAAGCUCGCGGAAGAUCGAAGAGUGAAUCGACUAGAGGACAGCUAUGCACUCUGGAAGAUGAUCUGUUCAUCCAAGCUCUUGGCGAAGACACAAAUCAUUUUAUUCCUCAACAAAUGCGAUCUUUUGGAGAAGAAACUGCGAAGCGGCGUGAAGGUGAACAAGUUCGUUCCGAGCCUCGGCGAUCGGAAGAACGAUGCACACACUGUCACACAAUACUUUGCACAACACUUCAAGGAGAUCUUCAAGCAUUGUUCUCCAGAGCCACGAUCCUUCAGAGUUCAUCUCACCUCAGUGGUGGAUCCUAAAGCGACGUCGCUUACUCUCCAAGUCGUGGAAGAGAACGUCUUGAAGGCGCACCUUCGCAAGGCGGACCUGAUUGAGUGAUUGCAUGUAAUCGGUCUGUUCUAAUUUAAUCGGAUCGCUGGAUCGUCUCGUCUCCCUUCCUUCUCCUCGUUCCAAGUAUUAUCUCGGUUCUGGAUGGAUCUUUUCAUUCCUUCAUCUCUUGUCCGCUUCGCGUACAACUUCGUACUCUGUAUAGUAUGUAUAAUAUCUUCGUUGUGUCUGUCUACUCUCAAUGUAUGCACUUUUGACUGGUUGUCGUUCAAGUACUGUAUGUUGCUUAGGGAUCCGAUCUUUCGAUCGUCUAAGUAUUCUAAUGGGUUAGAUAGG